AUGUAUGUUUUCGGAGGCUCUCCGAGUGGCAACAGUUACUUGAACGACCUCCAUUAUUUUGACAGCCAAGACACGUCCUGGCAGCAGCUGAGCCCAUCGAACUCGCCCAGCUCACGUGGCAUGGCUUCGGCAGUGUGGAGCACAGGUGACAGCUUGAUGUACCUAUUCGGCGGAAGGAGGGGGAACAGUCCAUUAGAUGAGUUAUGGUCUUAUCGAAGUCAUGACAACUCCUGGCACGAGCUUAGUCCUGACGGCUCCGUACCAGCUCGAUACUACCACACUGCUGUUUGGAGCACUGAUUUCUCCUGCAUGUAUGUCUUUGGUGGAGUUGGCACCAAGGGGGCGCUUGGUGACCUCCACUAUUACUGCAGCGCGAACAACACUUGGGCAGAGCUCCUCCCCAGUGGUAGCCCACCCAGCGCGCGUUUCGCACAUGCAGCUGCAUGGGACGACGACCUUCACAGGCUGUAUGUGUUUGGUGGCGACGAUGGUGCGGGAACGAAGCUGCAGACCCCCUUGAACGACUUGCAUUACUAUGACAGUGGGACAAACAGUUGGCAGCAGAUCAGCUUCGAAGAGCCGCCCCAAGCACGGCUUGACCACACGGCCAUUUGGAGUUUGGCCGAGAGCCGGCUGUACGUCUUCGGUGGGAAGUCAGACGGCGUGGAGGUGAACGACUUGGAGGCCUUCGUCAGCGGAAGCGCUUCAAGCACCACAAGCACGAGUGCAACCACGAGCACGAGUGCAACCAGCACCACAAGCCUUACCGCAAGCCCGACUUCAAGCACCACGCUCAGCACAACGAUCAGCACAACGCUCAGCACAACGCUCAGCACGACCAUCAGCACGACGUUCAGCACAAUGCUCCACGACACAGGGAAGACAACGACUUCGUCCCACACCUCGUCUGGGACUUCGACGGAAACGACCAGGACCAGCUCGACAUCUACAUCAUCGACGACCUCAUACGCAUCGUCGACAACCACAUCAAGCUCACCAUUGACAUCCACAUCUUCAACGGCCACUACAUGGUCAACAACCCUGUUGUCGACAUCCUCAUCCAGCUCGACGUCUACAUCUUCAACAGCCUUGUCGAUGACAUCCUCAUCCAGCUCGACGUCUACAUCUUCAACAGCCUUGUCGAUGACAUCCUCAUCAAGCUCGACAUCUACAUCGUCGACAACCUUGGCGUUGACAUCCCCAUCAAGCUCGACAUCUACGUCGUUCACAUUGUCAGCGACUUCAUCACCCACGUUCACGUCGACGACUUUCACGGCCUCAGCAACCUCAUCGUCCACAUUCACAUCAAUGUCGGGCGUGGAGGACCUGGAGGACGGGAUGCGCAUCAAAGCAAGUACAAUCACCGUCAGGCACAGCAUUUUCCUGCUCGAAGCUAGAGCGAAGAAGGGUUUCCUGCCGAAAUGCAAAGAGAAUGAGGCUUUCCCUGUCAUUGUUGGUCAUGUUUUAAUAUUUCUGUUGAAGGCUGGGUUUAAUCAUGAACGCUAG